GCCAAGCGGCGCUCGAGGAAGGCGCAGGGUUUGCACUGGUGUGGCAGUUUUAUUUUUGACCCGAUAAGGGACCCGAUCCCAGCCUUUUGGAUCGGGAGUAAAGGGAAGGAGGACCCUUCUCCGUUGUUGCUCCGGAGGAAAGGCUUGCAUUGGGGAAUCCCUGAGCGCAGCCCCACCUUUUUGGAGGGCCCCGAUCCUCCAUUUACCUUCCCUUUACUCUCCGGUUGCGCCUCUCCGUUGGCCAUCAUGGGCAGCCAUAGCUCCAAAGCCUCCAAGGGGGACGCAGUGGUCGCCUCUGCCUCCCAGGACGCCGCCAACGCCGCCGACGCCUCGCCCUCCAAGUCCAACGGCCAGGAAAACGGCCACGUAAAGAUCAACGGGGACGUAUCGCCCAAAGCAGACGGCGAAGCCACUCCACUUAACGGGAACGGAUCCGCAGAACCGGUCAAGGAGGAAGCCAAGGGGGAAGCCGGCAGCGGGGACGCCAUUGAGCCGGCCCCAGUGGCUGAAGGUGGAGAGGCCAAGGCGGACGGCUCGGCAGGAGCCGCAGCCUCCAAAGAAACUCCGAAGAAGAAGAAGAAGUUCUCUUUCAAGAAGUCCUUCAAACUGAGCGGGAUCUCCUUCCGGAAGGCCAAGAAGGAGUCGGGAGACACAUCGGCCGUCUCCUCUCCCAGCGAGGAGCAAGGCAAAGCGGAGGCCAAGGGGGAGGAGAACCCGGCUUGCGCCGCGGCAAGUGAGGCGGAACAGGCUGCAAAAGAGGAGGCUGCCCCGGAGGAGAAGGUGGCCGCCCCUGCCGAAGCGUCGGCCCCGGAGGAGCCACAGGAGGAGCCGGCCCAGCGGGAAGGAGCGAGCGAAGCACCCGUAGAGGAGGAGGAGAAGCAACAGGCGCCAGUGUCGCCUCCCAGCGAGAGCCAGGAGGACACAAAACCGGUGGAGGUGGAAGCCAGCGCUGCGCCUGCGGAGCAAAAGGAAGAGUAGAGCCGACCCAGCGUCCACCUAACUUAAGAGAAAACGGGGGGAAAGGACUUUCUUUGUUUUGGUGCCAUCCUUCUCAUCCCAGUUGACCCAACGGGACUGCUGCCUUGUUCAUAGAUCCACAAGCCGCGAUGCCACAGAGCACGAGUCUCUUCUUCGAACUGAUGGGCUUUCCCCCCCUCCUCACUCCCGAUGGUUUCCUUUUCUCAUCUGACACCGUUAAACAAAAAAAUAAAGUGUGAAAUGCCCCCCACCACCAUCAUCAUCACCACCGCCACCCCUUGGAUAAUACUUGGUACCCUGUUCCGCCUCCACUGGUAUCACUCAGGAGUCUGCCUUCUUUGGAAAAACAGAAAAAAAUAUCUUCUUUAAAACUCUUUAAACGGAAGGAUAACUUUGUUCCUGGACAGAAACUGGAACACUGCUCAGUUUCGUGAGACUCCCAAAUAAAUAUUAACCGCCAAGUCAAGUUUUGGCCUCUCUGGUCUUUGGUUUCUACUAAUCCUCAAAGCAGCUUCUUCUUCUUCUUUUCUGUUGUUGUUGUUAUGUUUUUUGUUUUGUUUGUUUUUUAAGAGAAAAAAAAGUCCAAUAAACCAGCAACUUGAUCUGUUCUUCAGAACGGAGGAUCUUCUUCUUGAUCUCUCGGUUUACAUUCCUGGUUCUGACUUCAUUUAAGAGUAUUUUGUGCUUUUUUAUAGAAACCAACAGUUUAAAAGAAAAAGCUAAUCUGGUUAGUUUUUUAUAAUGUCUUGCUCUUUGGCUUUAAAACCAUAAAGCUUGUAAGUCCACUGUGUUUAAUUUCGACUUCAGAGGGAGAUCUUCUUUGGAUUUAUUUUGGGGAAGGGGGGGCUGGGACGCAGAGGGAGGGGGCGAGGGAGGGAGGGGAGAGUGGGGGCUGUAUGAUGUGACUUGGAUUUUUUUUGUUUGUUUCGUUUCCUUGUCUUUGUAAAUAAUUUUUUAAUGACCCAACUUCUGAUCUGCAAUUUUCUAACUCCUAAAAUAAUAAUAAAAACAAAAGUUGUAUGGGUCUUAUUGUAACAUUUGAAAGGAAUAAAUGGUGACCCCCUUUA